AUGGUACAGGGUAGAUUAAUCACCUUAUCUGCAACAGUUUUGAAUUGCUGUACCCCAGUCAGUGUGAAAUGGUGACCAUUACACACUUGUUUCUUACAACAACAGCAGGGGCCCCGCCAGAUCUCUCCCCUAACACUGAUAUCUUUAUUUGCGCCCAGCAGUACCUAUAAAACGAGAGCAGGCUUCGAGGAACCCAGCCGAGCGCGGAGGUGCCGGCACCUCAGUGGUUAACGGCCGCAGCAAGAUGGCGCCGCGCCGGCUUCGCCCCCGCCCCCCCGAGCUGGGCACUCGCGCGGCGGCCGGGCUGCGCCGCUGUCGCACGGUGAUGAGUCACCGCCAGGGGCGCGGCGCGGCGCGCGGCUCGGGGGCGGCGGGCGCGGAGCGGGCGGCGAACAUGGCCGGCGUUGCUGACGCCGCUGCCGCCGCCGCCGCCGCGCCGGGCAGCGGCGGGGACGGACGGCGCGGCGGCGCCCCGGAGCAGCAGGAUAGCGGCCGCGGGGAGCCGAAAACUCUUUGGGGGAGCAGCGAGCCGCGGCCGCCUACCGCCGGCCCGGGGCAGCCGUCUCCGCAGCAGCGAACGGAGACGCUAGGCUUCUACGAGAGCGACCGGGGCAGGAAGAAGAAGCGGAGCCUCUCGGAUCUUUCAUUGCUGAGAUUCAUCAGUGCUGAGCUAACAAGAGGUUACUUCCUUGAACACAAUGAAGCAAAAUACACAGAGCGGAGAGAGAGAGUAUACACAUGCAUGCGGAUACCAAAAGAACUGGAAAAGUUGAUGUUUUUUGGAAUCUUUUUGUGCCUGGAUGCUUUUCUGUAUGUAUUCACCCUGCUUCCUUUGAGAGUUUUUCUGGCAAUGUUCCGGUUCAUCACUUUGCCUUGCUACGGCUUACGUGAUAGACGUUUGCUACAACCUGCUCAGGUAUGUGACAUUCUCAAAGGAGUUAUAUUGGUCAUCUGCUACUUCAUGAUGCACUAUGUUGACUACUCUAUGAUGUAUCAUCUGAUAAGGGGACAGUCUGUCAUAAAGCUCUACAUCAUCUAUAACAUGCUUGAGGUGGCUGAUCGUCUGUUUUCUUCAUUUGGACAAGAUAUUUUGGAUGCUCUUUAUUGGACAGCUACAGAACCUAAGGAAAGAAAAAGAGCUCACAUAGGUGUGAUUCCUCACUUCUUCAUGGCAGUGCUGUAUGUGUUCCUGCAUGCUAUUCUUAUAAUGGUUCAAGCAACAACCCUUAAUGUGGCCUUCAACUCCCACAAUAAAUCACUGCUUACCAUCAUGAUGUCCAAUAAUUUCGUUGAAAUAAAAGGAAGUGUUUUCAAGAAGUUUGAGAAGAACAAUCUUUUUCAAAUGUCCAACAGCGAUAUAAAGGAGAGGUUCACCAAUUACGUGCUGCUACUAAUUGUAUGUCUAAGAAAUAUGGAACAGUUCUCAUGGAAUCCAGAUCAUCUUUGGGUGUUAUUCCCAGAUGUUUGCAUGGUGGUCGCUUCAGAAAUUGCAGUGGAUAUUGUGAAACAUGCCUUUAUAACAAAAUUCAAUGACAUCACAGCUGAUGUCUACAGUGAAUACAGAGCCAGUCUUGCAUUUGACCUUGUUAGCAGUCGACAGAAAAAUGCAUAUACAGAUUAUAGUGAUUCGGUUUCCAGAAGAAUGGGUUUCAUUCCUCUUCCACUGGCUGUUUUACUCAUCAGAGUCGUAACAAGCUCAAUAAAAGUACAAGGAGUCUUAGCUUAUGUUUGCGUUGUGCUGUUCUACUGUGGGUUAAUAUCUCUAAAAGUCCUUAACAGUAUUGUGUUGCUGGGGAAAUCAUGUCAAUAUGUAAAGGAGGCAAAAAUGGAGGAGAAAUUAUUUAAUCCUGUUCUGACUGCCACUCCAGGGAAGCCGUCUGGCAAACAGCAAAGCAUGUUUAAAUCUAACCAAGAGUUUCUCAACCCAUGUCUUACUAGAAUGAAGGUGAGGGUAUUAAUCUGGUCUACUUUCUAUCAGCUUAUAAUGAAUUUCCACAGAUGAAAAUGGAUCUACAUCAGUUACCAGUCAGCCUGUGCAUCAGAAGGAGAAUACGCCGUCUUUACUUGUAACAAGCAAUUCUGAUCAAUUUCUGACAACUCCUGAUGGAGAAGAAAAAGAUAUAAGCCAAGACAGUUCAGAAUUAAAACACAGGUCUUCAAAGAAAGACUUGUUGGAGAUAGACAGGUUUACUAUUUGUGGAAACAGAAUUGACUAAGAUUUUUGGGGUUUUGUUGUUUGUUUGGUUUUGUUUUGUUUUGUUUUUUUUUAAAUCAAUGUGCUAAGGAUACUGAGCUGUUGGGACAGCAGAUGCUACCAGAAUGGACAAUUGCCAAAAAAGGCACAUAAAUAUUUAUUUAAAAACUUAAAUUAUUAAUGGCAAAAAAUAUUAAUUUCUUUCUACAAGUAACUUGGCUUGGUAUCUGGUCAGGUCAAGUAAGUGAUCUUUAACUUGCCUCUUGGAAAAUGUGGUGGAUCAUGAAUCUCUAGCCUGGUGGCAGAGCUGCAGUAUGACUUUUCUGGAAAAUAGACUGGAAAAAAAGCAUUAUCCUGUUCUGCGUUAUGAAACCAUGCUUCCAGAACAUACUACUUUUCAUGAAGGUUCCUCCAGUGUAAGGAUAUUCCUGGAAAUGUAUGACAACUUGACCGGAAGCUUGCCUUUCCAGUUACCUGUUUUAUUAAACGUCUUCAAGCAGAAUUCAAAACUUGUGCUUGUAUCAACAAACGUAUAAAGCAUUGAUACAUAAAACAGUAAGUCAAGAUAGUUAUUCUUGUCAACAAAAAUCUUUUCAAGAUGUAUCUUGAAAAUCUUGUAAUCAGAAUAAAAUUUUGCCUUUAAAUGAAAGACUUACUGCAUACUAUUUUAUCUAAAUACUAAACACCAAGGAAAGACCACAGUGAUGAAGGUUCUGCUUAACUGGGCAAAUAUGAAGCAUAAUCAUUUCUUGUGUUGUAUGUCCUGCAAGGCAGAUUAUUUAUAAAAUUAUUUUUAAAAGCUGAGGAGUUUUUGUUGCUGUAGGAAAAAAUAAUAAAGGGGCACUUCUAUAUGUUGAGGAAAGGCAGUGUUAAUUGGCAGCAAGCAACUUUUGUGUUAGAACUGUAUGUAUGUAAGAACACUGCAUUUUGGGUUUAACUCUGAUAAGAAUGACAUCUGUGUAUUAACUUGCCUGAGAACAUGCCUGUAAAAGCUUAUACUGACAAUCAAAUCGGAAUUAUCCAUUUUAAUUGGUUGGUUUUAGCCAAACUUAAGCAGAUGGGACUAGAUCUAUAAAGAACAUUUAAGCAUUACAAAGCAUCUUAAUUUCUAGUGUGAGAUGCAAUUGUGGAAGAACUGGUGAAAGUUGGUUGGGAAUCCUCAGACCAAGAAUGGAAUAAAUUUGAGCUCAAAACUUAGGCUGGAGACUUGUUUCAGAAGAGACCCUUUAGGUAACGAUAAAUUCUUCAUACAUUGUUGUUAGAAGACAGCAUUAAUUUCAAAUGCCUUUCGGAUAUUUAAGUAAGCACCAGUUUCACUUUCCAAGGGAAGGUAUUGAAAAAGUACUUCAGUGCUGAACAAAUGAAGACAAAAUUUGCUCUUUGCUAAUUUCAUAAUUUGUCAGAGUGGGGAAAGCCGAAGUGUAUUUGGUUUAUGAACAUGUGAAAGUUUAAUGUAUAUGCUAAUCCCUGAAACUUGCAGGACUAAUAAUAUAGCAAAUGGAGACAGUUGGAUAAGAGUUACCAUGUAUCUGAGCAGGCUUGGUGAUGAGAUGGCUUUGCCGUACAGGUUAGCGUGGUCUGCUUUGGUGGGAACUUCUUGCUGCAGUCUUUCAGCCUUUCCUCUCCCAUCAAGAGUAGCUGGAGUCACGGCCAAAAUCUGUGGUUAUGGUUCAGGGACGACAGUAAAAAGAAGAGGACUUGUGCUGGGGAAAAAUCUGAAAUUCUUUAAUUUUUGAUGUAUUUUAUACUAAUUGGAGACAUUCACACAUUGAAAUUCAGAUUAUCUGUCAAUUUGCUGUAUCUUAUUUUUGAAUUAUUUAGCAGUUGCUAAAGGAAGCUUGGAAUUGCUUUCAUAUUUUUUCUGUUGAAUGACAUUCUGUAUCAAUUUUAUAAGUGCAUCUUGUGUGAAACUCAAUAAAAUUCAAUUUUGUAAUAUUUGUUUAAAAAA